CUUAACCCAGUCAAGAACAACGUUCGCUCGGUCUGACUUACACGAUGAAGAGUUUAAGUCGGCCUGCGGUUUCUACAGUUUCGAUCCUCUUAAUUUUUUACAUUGGCUACUCUUGGGCUAGAUCAUAUCAGGUAAAAUAUUUAUUUUCAAUAUUGUAAAGGAUAGCCGUUUUAACUAUUUCAUGAUUUCAUGUUUACAAAAUAGCCAUUUUUUCUUUGCCUAGGAAAUCCACCAUUUGUUAACGGACGACGAGAGAGAGUUGAUUUUUGGCCACCCAUUUCCAGAGUAUGGUAAGAAAAUUAUUUCAAUUAAAGCUAUGCUAAGCUAAUCUGGGAUGCAUCGAAAUGAAUUUUAGAGUUUUCGUCUGCAUUUCAAUAGAAGUAUAAUAAUGUCUUUAUAGCUUAUUUGUACCGGUUUGGACAAUAAGUUUAAUAGGAAAAGCUAUCCGACUUUCGAGUACUUCUCCGGUCAAGCUGAUGAUCAGAACAAUUUUUCCUUUAGCUUUCAGAAAAGAGCUAUCUUAGAAACUGGGAUAAGCUCAUUUUUCCAUUGCAUCCCAACUCUAUCGUUCAUUCCAAAAUAGAGACUCGUCUUGUUUAUGCCGUUUUGUUUUGUUAUUCGAAAUUCAGUUAACUGUCAAAUCUAGAAUCGCUAAAUUAUUCAUUCAUAUAAUAAGCAAUGACGGACAUAAAAGUUAUUUAUAUAUUUGAGCACUUCUUACAAUAAGCUUAGAAUACAAAUAACAUAAGUCAACUAGGGGUCAUACGACACGAUUUUUAGAAGAUCAGACUUCGUAGCAGUUGGCUCUUGUCCAUUUUUCAAUCCUGGAAAUAAAAUGUGUGGGGUUAAUGCCUAAAACACUAAAAAAACACAUAAGCAUCAACGACAUGAACCCUUACUUUAAUUUAAGGGUCGCAGUUUGACGAAUUUAUUAACAAAAAAGAUGUAGCUUCCUUUCAUAGCCUAAGGUAGUUUUGUAGGCCCGUCAAAUACCGUUAAGGUUUUGAAAUAGUAUGAUCCUAGGUAUUUCAGUUUAAUCACAAAUUUAAAAUAACGCAUUGAGGCGUGCAUGCAAUAAAGCUUGAUAUCUUCUUAUGCAAUUAUACGCUUCAUGAAAUGAAAAAAGUAAACAAAUCAAGAUUUGUUCAGGUCUGUUUGUUUCUGGUAUGAACUCCUGCUGCUAUGAAUUGUCAACAGCUUGUUUUAUCAUUUUUCCAUGAUCCAACAAACAUUCCAGACAAGGUAUCAGACACUGGAAAAUUGCUACCCAAGGUCCCUAAGCCCCGUCCACACGCACACGGAAAUUUUUUAAUAAUUCGGCUUCCGUCCACGUGCCAUACGGUGAAUCCGGCAUAUGAAUCCGCAACGUUUUUAAUCCAUCUCCGCUCCAGAGUGGAAAUUUUUAAAUAUUCUAUGAAACCGGAACCGUGUAGACGCCAAUCCCGGGUAGUUUCUUAUCCAGUGACGUAACAAGAUCGGGCCCAGUUCCUUACCGUGAUGGUGCCAAGCGCAAUAAUUGCUUCUUUAAUACUUCUUGGAAUUCAGUUUCGUGUCUUAUAAACGUGUGUGCCGGAGUUACUGUACUUUUAAUUAUUCCCGACCGGCUGCUCGACAUUCUGAGGCUUUUUUCCAUAGCGGACGGACGAAUUGGACCGAAAACAAGUUUAACAAACGAACUAGUCAACUAGAGCUUGGGACUGUCAGCGAAACAAGUUAUUGAAGAAUAAUGGCACGAAAACUUUCGCAUCAGCGGAAAAACACAUUUCAAAUUAGCUUACGAGCUGAGAGUGAGUGUGGCUGGACAAAUUCAAUUUGAACGUGUGGGCGUGGAAAGUUUUUGAAUCCGCAAAGAGAUAUUUGCAGAUUCAAAAGUAUCCGGAUACUUGUGGGCAGGGCCCUAGAUAUUCCACCACCAAUUGUUUUCAUACGCGCAUGCACCAAAUCGAAGCUUUGUGCGUUUUCCCGUUUUUUGACUGACCUAUCAGGAACGAGUGACGUCAAAAAGGAUAGCUAUUUUCAUCUCCUAAAAACGCUUUCGACUUUUCUUUGCUUGUCUGCUAGACUUGCUCACAAGGCGACUUUUUUCCUCUCAGAGAUUAAAUGUACUAAAGAACUUCUACUCGUCCCCUUGACUUUAAAUAGCCUGACAAAGCGCGCGCAUUUUCGUGCCUUCUCAAGCCAAAAAAAUUGCCUGCUUUUAGCUAUCAGCAGGACCCCAUAACCUCCUGCUGUCAGUUGGUUUGUUUAUUUGCUUGCUAUACUGACAGCAUCAAAGGCUUUUUAAAACAUCUCAUUUUUACCUUUUUGAUAUGUUUUACACACAGUUCCAGAGUACGACAUAUCUCAUCCUGUUCAAGUUGAUGAGAGCGGCAAGUUCUUAUCACGUGACCUAGCAAAUGGCAAUGCUCGUCGAAAGAGAGAUGUACGAAGUUCUGUCCAAGAGCCUGUAUACUUUAAACUCUCAGCCUUUGCGCAAGAUUUCCACUUGAGUGUCACACUGAAUCAUCAGUUAUUCUCUUCCAAUUUUGAGGUAGAGAUUCGAGGAAACAGCUCAGAAUUUCAUUAUGACAUUGAACACUGCCAUUACAUUGGGCAGCUAAUUUCUCCUGAAGGAAAAAGAAACAAAGUAGCACUUAGCAACUGCGAUGGACUGGUAAGCUAUAUGUCGUUAAUAUAUCGAGAGAUGUGGGUUGGGAGGUGUUUAAUACAAUGCCAUAAAACAACCGCAACGUUGACGCCUACCAUGCCCUACUAAAAUAAUCAGCAAGUUACAGGAGAUUAAAACCGCGAUAAUUUACUAGUUACGUAUUAGAAAUGCUCUAACGGCGGCAUUUCUCACGGAUUUGUCACGGUCAUGCGUUACCUGAUUAAAAAUUCCCAAUGUCGAGAAACGUGCACGCUUUUUUUCCUGAACGAAGUGAUUCCCAAAUUAAUCUACAAUUUCUACCUCUCAUCAAGACUUAGAACAUCCCAUAUAGAAGUCUCUUCCCUCACUCAGGACCGGUGCACGAGAGUAACGGCUUUUUACUUUGAAGUUUUAAGCACAAAGUAUUCUAAACAAAUACAAAUGAAAAAACGAACGUAAAUAAAUGGACGCUGACUAGGAAGCCAGAUAAGAAUGUAUGUAAAAGUUUAACGUAUUUAUUAGAUUAACCGCCCUGGGCGCUUAUUAAAUUUUUCGACCUAGGGAGUGGGCGCUUAUUCAAGGCUGGGCGCUUAUUAAGACGCAAUCCACAAGGAAAUUGAGUAAUUUUAUUUCUGAGAGGGCAAAAACCUUGUACCAGAAUAAUUUAGAGAAUACUGCAUUCUCUUUUACAUUUUUCAAGGGCUAAAGAUGUAAGCAGUCACCUGUAAUAACACCAAAGAAAAUUUCUCAUGGAAGUACGAGAAAACUAAUGUCAAAUUUCACAAAAAUUGUCUAAACACAGGAAACAUUCUGGACAUUUUAUGUGUAAGACGUAAUUUUAUGAAAUUUGACAUUUAUUUUCUCUGGCUCCCAUAAGAAAAUGGUCUUUUGUGUUAUUACAGAGAUGACUAAUUACAUCUUUAACACUUGAAAAGUGUAAAAAAGAAUGCAGGUUUUUGUCCACUGAAAGGUAAAAUUACUCGAUUUCCUGGUGGAUUCGGUCUUUAAUUUUUACCAUUUUCAGCAAGUGUAAUAUGUUUAUUUUGCGACAAAACAAUAAAUGGUAGUAACGCAACAAAGCAAGGUUUCUGUAAAAUACUCGGAAGAAAACUCCGCCUUCGCGGGAGUCUCUUGAGUACUUAUUCAAUAUUUUCUGGGGGGUGUGGGAGGAUGAAGAGGGGUUCGGGUGGGGAUGGGCGCUUAUUCUAGGUUGGGCGCUUACUCGAAGUGGGCGCUAAUUGGAGGUUGGGCGCUUAUUCGAAUAAAUACGGUAAUUUCAACUGAUAUAGAAAUAAUGCUGGAAAAAUUUUUUUCUCAAUUUUUCUUUUCUGUCUGUUUUUAUAACAAUGAAUACACGCAGCAAGGAUUAAUGCGCACUCCAGAGGACGUUUUGAUGGUACAUCCACUGCCCGACCGACUGGGACUGGAGAAAAACAAAACACGAGCCCACGUGAUCCAUAAAAGAUCCUUAGCCCCGCACCAGACUCUCAGAAGGGCCAUGCAAGACGAGAAAAGAUCUGCAGGCUGGUGUGGAGUGCAAGGUAUUUUUGGAAUAAUUAAAACAUUCAUUCUCUUGAGCAAGUUGGAGAGCUUUGACUGACGACCAUCUCGAGUAUAUCAGUUAAUUGGCUGAAAGCUUUUUGCAUGCCUUGAAAGAGAUUUUGCUCGCUGGACAUCAUUGUUCCUAAUUUUUUUUAAAAACAAUGUUUCAUUUGAGAACUAAGUGGCCUUCAUAGGGAAUUUCAAGUUAACAGGUCAACUAAAUCAUCUCUUUGUUAAGUUGUUUAAAGCACCGCAUGUGUGGCUAAUCUGGCAAGGCCAUACUAACAGUUAUAAGCUAACUGACCAAUUAACAGUUCGCAUAGAGCGUACAGCGAAUAAAAACGCGAGAAAAUGGGUUUAAUAUUGCUACUAGAUUAAAAUUUUAAAACAUAGCCCCUACUGUCCGGGGACAGAUUGUCAUCAGGAAAACAGACAUCAAUGAAUAUUAACUAUAUGAAGUAAGUAGCAAUUGUCGCUGUAUAUGAACGAUAAAUGCUACUUAAAGGGGCUGUGUCACGGCAGUUCAGUUCAUUUUGUUUAAUUUUGCCAAUUACUCGCCCUCAAUCGCUAUGGAACUUAAAGUAAGCAAAGAAACUGCACGUAAAUGACAAAAUCAGAGAUCCGAGACAAACAAAUAUGUCUCCUGAGCAUUAUUUUUGAAGUUACAAGCAGCAGGGAUCAACUUUUAAAAACUGUUAGGCUGAACAGUUUUCAAAAACCCUAAUUUCAAUCCGUUUCAAUCUUCUUCACUUUUGCCCAUCCGUGGCAUCUGUUGUUUCUGUUAUGUUAUUUUAGCCUUCCUUUAAAGUUUUAAGCGGUUAUUUUCAUGUUUCUCUUAAUUUAACGGGCAUUUUGUAAUUUCCUAAUGUGGCUGAAUUUCGUGACACAGCUCCUUUAAGUAAAAUUAAUUUACGUUCCCAUUCGGCGAUGAUAACUAGCAAAGCCCUUCAUUGUUUUUCACAACUUGCUUAUUUUCUUUGCUUCAAAUUUUCAGGGCACUCAACACUUCAGCAGUCCGACGAAAGCGAAUCACACAUGAAUUAUCCUCGUUCAUCAUUGAACCGUAAACGAACCAUUGAAUCCUUGAUUGUCGUAGAGAAAAUCAUGACGAAGUUUUAUGGAAUCAAUCAGAUAAAGAAAUACGUUCCCACUAUUGUCAACAUGGUAUGACCCAUAACCUAGCUAUGCAAACAUUUACAAAUGUAUCAAGAGAUCAGGAGCACCCAACGUCAAUUUUCGGAAUAUAACUGUUCGGAAGACGAUUUGAGAUCUAGAAUUUUCGGAACAUUUGUUGUCAAAUUUCUUGCUUGCCUGCCUCUCCUAGGAUUUUCGAACAUCUAAACAAUGGUAUAGUUGCCCAUUUUUAACCGAUUUUUACCCUAAAAAGGUCACCUAGAAUUUUCGGGAGCAUUUUUUCUGGCUGAAAUUUUCGAAAAGGUAAGUUUUGAUCCCUAUAAUUUUCGGAUCGCUAGACUUUCAGCUACGAAAUCCGAACAAAUGAAACAUUUUUAGGGGAUAAAAAUAUGCCUUUAUCUACCCUUUAAAGACUAAAAUACGUUUAACAAUGCUGAUGUUUUAAUAAGUGGUUUUGAGCUAUAUUCUGGUUGGGUGCCCCUGAGAGAUGAUAUUGGCCCUAUUCAAACGAAACGAUCACGUUGGACAAACUUUAUUGGAUUGAACAUUUUGGACGAAAUUUAUUAGAUCUGUUUGAUCACCUUGCUAGACAGUGUUGGAUGGGAUUAAAUCUGUUUUAAUUUCAAACGUUUUACCCAAAAUCUUCUAAAACUUUGUUGUAGUUGACGAGGUCGCAUCACACCCGUAAUGUUUGGACGGUUUUGGUGGGCGUGCGCAUGUUCUGUCUAGUAACUGAUUUUCAUAUGCAAACGUGCCUUUUGAACUAAUACUGAGAUUUGGAUGGGAUUUUUCCCAUCAUCCCCAUGUGCCUUUAUCGGGUUGUAGAUAGCAAUGAGUCCAUUUUUAACGGUCCCUUGAACUAAUUGUCUUGGUCUUUAUUUAAAUAGAGGAGAAUAUAUUAUAUAGUUUAAGGAGAAACUGGACAUUAUGAGGUCUUUUUUGAUAUAACGUACCUCUUCUCCCCAAUCCCCCUCCCUUUUCCCUUCCUCCCUAUCCCCUACCCCCUACCCCUUUGGAGGCCUGCUACGCAGGCUACAAACCUGACACAAUUCUACAUUCUGUCGCCAUGUGCGACACACUCGCUGCUGGUAUGACAUAGAUCAUUACAUGCCCUCAAUGUCGCAAACCAAGAGCCAUUUUUCGCAGACAUAAUUAAUGAAGAUCAAUUCAGAAUGAUACUUUACUUUAUUUUUGUUUUCUUCAGGCGCAUGGAUUACUAUCAGAUGCUUCUAUUGGAGCGGAUAUCAAGUACAUUAUCCAAAAACUAUUGAUUCUCCAACAAGAUAUGGUAGGUCUUGAAAAAUAAAGACUGGGAAAGAAAAAAUUCAAAUAAAUGGAAGAGUAAGGGAAGGAAGAAGGAAGGAAAGAAAAAAUGGAGGAGCGCGUUUGUGAAGAAUUAAAAAACGAACAAAUAAACCAAUUUGUCCUCUGCUAAGGGUACUUUUAUCAGUAUAACAAGUGAUAGAGGAAUGCUGCUUUGACUUUGGAGCUGUGAAAGAAGGCUUUCAGAAUAGGUUUGUUAGGUAUUUUUAUUGAUUUGUUUUAUCCAGACGUUCGCAGGGCUCUACAUAACUGAACACAAAAAGCCGAGUAGUAUUUGUUACCCCACCUGCAUCUGGGCCUGGACCAGGAUCAGUAACCAGGUGGAAAUGUAACGGUGAACUUUCCUAGUCCCUAUACGGCGUCAUCUCAGGCCUUCUCGGUUAAUGUAUUUCGGCAGCGUAUCCGACACAGGGACCACGUGAACCAAAAUGCAUAGGCUGUGCGGAAUAAUGAGACCUAGAGCAAGGCAAACGGUGAACAAGGUCACAGUUAUGGGAGAAAAGUUCAAUUGUUGGUUCAUUACUGCCGGUGAAGCGUCAAAAUGUUAUAUCUAUUUCGUGUCUUUGACGUUACUUCUGAUAUUGAAGAUUGGAUAGACAUAGUCCGUUAAGACCACAGAAAAAUUAGUAGCCUGGCUUAUUAAACAUUAUAGCCUUCUAAACAACCUAGUCCCCAGCACUUCCCCCCCUUCCAUUUUCUAAGGAAAAAGAAAAGCCCUUUGGACGAAUUUGCCUUCUACAACACCACGGAUCAUACAGAGGGACUUCAAUUGACGAUUUUAUCACAUAUGGGUGUUCUUAAUUUCCGAGAUGCUGAAAGGGAGUCCUUAAACUUAUAAACUCAGUUUUGAUAUUUUUGUCGUUUUUUAGGACAACCUUGAGAUAAACACGCAUGCCGCUAGUACUCUGUCAAGUUUCUGUAAAUGGACCACAGGGCAAAAUGAGGCAGAUGACAAAAACCCAAAGCACUUCGACCAUGCCGCCCUUUUUUCCAAGUAAGAUGCAGCUUUAUCUUAAUUCUUGCAAACUGAAACUUGUUUCAAAUCAGGGAGAGGUAUUUUAGUAUAUUGUAGUCAGUAUCUUGUAGCUCGCAAGUAUACUUGUGAGAUUAUGCUCGGGUACCGGUUAGCUUCCGGUUGGACGGAGUGAUCGAUUGAUUCACAAAUAUCAGCCAAUUUAAAAAGCCGUGUUCUACAUGAGCUGUAUGUCCAAAUUUACAUCAAGUCCAGUAUUUUAGCGUUGCAGGGAUUUUCGGCAAUCUGAUCAGCCUUACGUUCUCAAAGUCUUUCCUUGACUGAACCUUGAUAAUCUGUGAUGCAGUGAGUCAUCAUAAUUCAAAUCCGUAUUAGCCGUGUCCGUAUAAAGCGGGCCAGUUUUAGACAAAACAAAUAAGCUUUUCGUCGGGACAAACGAAACUGUCCAUCAUAUACAGGUGUCUGUAUUGAGUGGGUGUCUGUAUAACCUCCUACGCAGGCGUUUUUAGGGGAGCUCGUAUAUUUCGUCCGUUUGUGGGGAGGGACGAGAUACGAGCACCCCUAAAAACGCUUGAGUGGAAGGCUAGUAUCCGUAGAGGUGUGUCGCUGAAGCGUUCAAACCUUACCCUGCUAAAGACAAAAAUUGCUCUUUUUCCUACUCUGUAUAAGACAAGAGACCUUAUUUUAUAAGCCUGAUUUGUUUCGUUUUGCAUAUAGAAUUAAUUAGUUUUUCAUACUCAGAAAUAUAAUGGAACCAUAUUUUGGGGGGAAAAUUGGCCUUUUUCGCGAAUGUAGACUGUUCAUCUGCAGCCUUCAUACUCUUAAAGGGAACCUCCACUCUUACUACAGAAUAAGUUUAAAUCGAAUAAAAUUAUGUUGAUAAACAAAUUUGUUCGAAAUUUGUCCGGGCAAAAAGUUGUUUAUAUCAGGAAAAGUCAUCUGUUCAAUUUAACAUCAAGCCCUUCAUUUUAUAAAAGGGAAGCUACAGGUAGCCUGCGCGCAGACGAAAUUAAACUCUGGUUAACUCCGUCUGCGAAACAGCGCCGAAAUCCUUGUUCUGGACUUCCAGCUGUGCUAUUUGUUGCUCUAUUGUUCUGACACAAAGCUUUUGUUUUUGUUUGUCAAUCACCGAUCAACCAUUACACGUCACAAUUAUUCAAAUUGGCGACGCCGUUGGGGGUCCAGAAAACAAAAAUAGGCUUCGAAUCUAAAAGUUUAUUUCGGCUGCGGAUACAAACGUCUUUUUUGCGCAAAAUAUUUUAGGUUGACUUGACUGUAACAGUUAUUUCCUGUGAUUUAAACUUAUCUUUUUGUUGAAGUGGAGGUUCCCUUUAAACACACCCUGUUUAAGACGUCAAAUAGCGAAAUUUCAGAUUGCUCAGAUUAUUUAUUUGAGGCUACCUAAAAAAAUUCUUCUUUUGUAGGUUAAAUUUUUGUAGAGGCAAAGGUAACGGGCAGGCAGCAGAUUGUGGAACUAUCCUAGGUAAGUCAUCUGUUCAAUUUAACAUCAAGCCCUUCAUUUUAUAAAAGGGAAGCUACAGGUUGUCAACUGAAAAACUGCGUAAUUUUUUCUGUCCAGAAAAAGAAAAUGUUUUUCAAGUAUUUCUAUUUCAAACUGCAAUGUAUCUUGGAAAAAUAUAUCUAAACCAGAAUACUACUACAUGUAGCCACUAAUUUUACUUUUUUUGUGUUACGUUGUUUAGGCUUGGCUGACUUGAAGGGAAUGUGUCAGAGAGACACAAGCUGCACUCUCAACAAAGACACUGGAUUGGGAACAGCAUUCACGCUGGCUCAUGAGACAGCUCAUAAGUAAGAAUGAUGAGCAAUUGAUCGUUUCCUAACCGGCAAACAGGCUCACUCGUGCAAGUUUGAGAAAAAUUUUGGCGAGGGAGCCGCCAGCGCCGGAGGAAGAAUGGGGCGAGGAACCACACCCCAUUCCUGUCGCGCGUUAGUGGCUGUCCCCCACCAAAAUUUUUCCCGAACUUCCACAAAUCAUUUCCUCCAACCCCGUUGGACAAAAUUUUCGUCGUCUUUAUGGAGUCAGAUUACCCUAUCUCUUUUUUUUUUUUUUUUAACAGUUUGGGAGCUGAACAUGAUGCAGAAGGCAACAAGUGUAGGGAUGGUGUUUACAUCAUGGCAACUAGGGCCAGCGGUAAAAUCACAGCAUUUGAUUGGUCACCCUGUAGCCGGAAUUAUAUCACAAACUUUUUGCAGUAAGUUGAAGUUUACAUAUGAACAGCACUGCUACUUGAAUAACCAACCACUUACUAAACCUCUGACGUGGCCUAAACUCCACCAUGUUGUUUCCUUGGAUAAACUUUACUCUGAAUAGAUUUCUCUAACUUUCUGGACAUAAAUGGGUGCUUAUUUCAGUGAAAAUAAUUUUCCUUUGUGACUAUUUUUUAUAUAUCAUGCCUAAUUUUACCUGUACUUUUGCUUCCGACUUUAAUCCAUUCACUAUUGAAUGCAGAGCGACUUUCAACUCUAACGGAUAACAAAAACACAGGCAACGUAUAUUUAACUGUAUGUUACUAUUACCCCUUGCAUUAAUGCUUUGAACUGAAUUUACCUUUGCGUAGGACUGCUCAGUCUAAAUGCCUGAAUGACAGCGGCGACCACAAAGUCUCAAUCCCUCAAGGGCUGCCGGGAAAACUCUACAACGGCGACGACCAAUGUGUGCGCAUGUUUGGUGCUGGUUCAAGUGUUUGUCAAAUGCCAGAAUAUAAAAAGGUGAGGUGGGGGGGAGAAGGACAAGUUUUAUAAGUUAGACGAGCAAGACAACAGGUGAUCUCGGCAUAACUGGAAAUUUGAUUGUACAAUAUGAGUAAAAAUGGAAAAGUUAGCUUCGCACUCUUAUGUACAUCAAGAACAAAAGCGUAAAACCCGGUUGAGUAAUUAAUAUCUGUGAGAAAAUGUAGUGGAGCAUACUUAAAACGAGUUAAAUCUUUUAAUCGAAAAAAGAUCCUCGCAGCUGAGUUUUUAACUUGAGCAGUUGAUAAAUGAUAAACUGACUAACGCGGGUUUAUUACUUAUGAAAUUUGCUUAAUCUGGCACCUUAAGUAGGACGUUUCCUUCUACCAUUCGCAUUUAUUUAGUGGAAUACUUGUUAUGUCAGUAUGUUAUCCCAGGUGCGGCUAAACUUUAUUCAGUUUGUUUAUUAUUUUUCUGGAUGUUGAUCUUCCUCACUACAGAAAAUGUGCGUCACCUUACACUGUCUAAAACCUGACGGAUAUUGCGAGUCCAAUGACGAACCAGCCGCAGAUGGAACAAUAUGUGGUCUCAACGAUGACAUGGUACCGAUCCUCCUUUAAUCCACUUCUAUUAACGAAACCGCGAAAAAUUCACACGUAGGACAAAAAUAAUACCUAAAGGCAAUGAGCUCGAUAGUAUUCAAGUGUAUUUUGCUUAUUUUGCUUAUCCUGAGGCUACGCAAGACGCGAAAUGGCUUUAAAUCAAAACGAGACUCCGCUCCGAAGAUCACUACAGAACAUCCCCCAAGGAGAGAAAACAAGCCUCCGGUUUCAAACACAUUGAGAUUUCAAUUUACUAAAAAGAUAUGUCCAACACGUCAAUUUACUCAAAAUAAAUAGAAACAACACAAAAAGAAAAUACUGCGCAGACAAAAAUUUUAACUUAGCUCUAAAUAAGUAGCAUUGACUUGUCAAACAUUUCUAAGCGCAACGUCAAAAAUUAGUGAGUGUCGCGAAGUUUUUUCAAGGAUGUUAUUUUGUUUUUGAAACGUUCACUGAGUUAAUUCAUAUGGUUUCAGGACCAUAAUUACUGAGGCUCAAUCUGUUAUCUCUUAGGUGUGUAGCCGGGGAAAAUGCCUCCCUGAAGGGAAAACAGGUUACCAGAAUGUGGAUGGUAACUGGGGGGCCUGGGGAAGGUGGAGCGCAUGUUACCCGCGCUGUGGAGGAGGACUUAAGAAGAGAAUGCGCAAGUGUAACAAUCCUGCGUAAGUUAUUUCAUAAGAAAAAAAAAACAAUUCAGUUAUUCACAUAACUACAUCACAGUUUCUGUAUCAAUUUGUCUUUUUUAAACCAUGUUGGUGUUUUCGCCUUAACGUUUCCUUCGUUCCAUUUUCAAGAUAAUUUUUUCAUUAAAUCACUCUCCUAUCCAAAUCAUUCUUCUUUAAACACUAUGAUAUGAUUACAGAAACCUACACAGGGUGCCUUACAUGGCUCACAGACAUUUCCAAGGUAACCUAUUAUUAGAGCUUUUUAGAACGUUUUGAUCAGUAAGAGACUCUUUCUUUCUCUACUUGAUCAGACCAAAACACAGAGGAAAACUGUGCGAAGGGAAAGCUGCAGAAUACACAUAUUGUACUAAGGUAAUUUACAAUUUAACUUUGCAGUUCAAAGUUUAGUUUGUGCUUCAGGCCAUUUUCUUCCUAACCAGCCCUACCUUAGAGGAACACACUUUUUUACCAUUACAGCUUCUAUAUAUUUCGUAAUAUGGCAACUAUGGGCAUGAUACUAACAUUUCUAUUGGGUUUUCAAAGAGUAGAGGUUGUGCAUGGAGGUGCUGAAAUCUCAGUCAGCAAUUAGAUUUUUGGUGAUUUAUCAGCUAACAGCUUUCAGCCCAUAUCGUUAGCAAUCAGACUCUCAGCCUCUUCCCCGGGCUAGUUCACGCUAUCCAAGUGAAUGGAGGAGGCGUGGAACCGAGCGCGACGUCAUAUCAGAAAUCGCUGAGGUCGACUGGGAACGAGGCUGAGUUACUCUUCGCCUCUCUUCGCCCCAUGUAUGUAAGGUAAUCCGAAUCCCAGAAUCCGGAGAAGUUUUACUUGUGGACCCGGGAAUCCUGGGCUUUGGAAUCAGUAAUUCAGCUUAAGGAGUCUGGAAUCCCGCUUAUGACGGUAGUCAAGUAUCCAAAGCGAAGAAUCCAGAAUCCAAGACUUUCUUGGGUUACCUUUCUUGGGGACUAUUCUUUUAAACCAGAUGUUAGAAGACUGUAAGAAUUAGAGAGAGUUGUGGGCUAAAAAUUAAACCAUUUCCAGAGCCUUUGUGCACUGAUUCGUCCUGACAAGGCAAGGCUUCUAAGUGAAUAUUGAUCAAGGCGUCUAUAUAUGCACUAUUCGGUUGUCAAUUAUCCAAACAUCUUUCUUAUUGGAAACUGUCACUGGAAGUAUAUUCACGUUGACAUUAAUUUUACACUGUAGAAAUGCCCUCCAAACUCCGAGAAUCCCAGGAUGAGACAAUGUAUAAACCACAGACACGUUCAGUUUGAAGGAGGACCAUUCAAAUGGAUUUAUGACCCAUAUUAUACCCAAGGUUUGUAUAUAUUAAAGGUAUAGGUACCACAACAAGGCUUAAGAACUCUUUCCAUUUGUUAGACCGGUCAAGCUGUAAAAAGAAUUGCUCAUAGACUAGUAAACGCACCUAAACCAGCCAGAUCCGUCCAUUCAGAUAAGCUCGACAGUGAUGGGUUUUGGAGGAAAUUUCGAGAAAGAAAUAUAAAAAAGGUAAAGAGUCCUAAUUUUACGUCGGUUGCUGGAAAUAGUCAUCUGCUAACAAACGUGAGGCCAACGGUGCUCUCAUUUUACCCCCCUCAGUGCUCCGUUUUACGGGUAUUAAAAGCUUAACUUAAAGCUACACGGAAAGGAAAGAAGUAGAAAGAAGGAUUUCAGUUGUGCUCACACAGGAAUCGAACUCGGGACCUCCCACACAGAAGGUCGUGCACUAAUCAACUGCGCUAAUCCACCUUCCUCUUAAAAUGACCGGUCCGGCUGGCCAGUUAAUCUGACUUUUGAUAAGGGCCCUAAGACUAAGGAACAUCUUCUGUUUAAUUCGGAUACCAGUAGUUUAGUCUCUUUUAUUGUUCGGCUUAAUGAAACUUCCCGAAAAAGGUAAUUUUACUUGGAGCUUUCCAAGCAAAAAUGUAGUAAGAGAAGAAAAAGAGAACCAUUAAAAUAAAAAAAUGUACUAUCAGAAUUCGAUCAAAGACUAGAGUGCACAUCUUAUCCUCUAUAGUUUCUCUAUUUCAGGUUCUCCAAAGUGUACUCUAAGCUGUGCUACAACGAAUGGAGACACCACAACUUUUGGAAAUGUAAAGGACGGAACGCCCUGCUCUGAUAAACCUGACAAGACAUUCUGCGUCAAUGGACAAUGCAAGGUAAAAUAUAAUAUUGCUUAAGGAAGUUUAGAAAAUAGAAUAUUUGGAAGGUCAUAGGUUCGAAUCCUGUCUGAGAGAAAAGACAUUUUCUCUCGUUACUUGCUAAUAUGAACUAAUAAGGGACAAUGAUGGGUAUUUUUCAGACUUUGCAGAGGUAAGGUGUUUUUAUACUAGUUCUUUAAACAAGACCUGUAAGCCCAUAAACCUUAUAAUUAAAUGUAAUUUAGUACCCACGAAACACGUGGGAGUUCUUAUGUUUCCAUGCGUUCCCGAUCGAAUUAGAAUUUGGCAGUGCUGGUUUUUAAUUUAGGGGGUGAGGGAAAGGGGGGUGAAAACCGGUGUACGGGGAGAAAAACCUCUCGAAGCAAGGGAGAGAACUAAUCACAAACUCAACUCACAUAUGAAGUCGACGUCUGGAUUUGAACCCCGACUACAUCAGCAGGAGGCGCUGCUGUCAUAGCUGUGCUACCCUAUUUCAUAAGAUCUAUUUAUCCCUACGUUAAAAGACUUCAGAGAUUGUCUCUCGUGACUUUUGCGAAAUACCAUUUUCUUCUAGGCCGUUGGAUGUGACGGCGGCUUUGAUUCCAGAGCGAAGAAAGACAGAUGUGGAUUGUGUAAUGGAGAUGGUUCUAGCUGUUCUGGGGGUACUAUCAAUGGCAACAUAACGCCAAGGCCGAUCAAGCCUAAACCAGCCUCCAGCGGCCAACUAAAGACCUUCACGUUCAACCGGAAGCCAGGAUGUAAGUUAGGCGUUUGAAUCAGUUCCCCUUCGUCGCGAGCAACUACAGGGUGCGGUCUGUAGCUACAGGAACAGAGAGCCACGGCUCACUGGGCCUUAUUUGAAGGCCAGUUAGCGCUAGACUAGGUUUAAAACUUUAACUCACUACUGGAUUUUUCCGUAUUUAUUCGAUUAAACGCCCUGGGCGCUUGGUAAAUUUUUGGAUCUUUAGAGUGGGCGCUUAUUCGAGGUUAUACGCUUAUCAAAUCUUAACCUUUUGCAGCAAGUAGUAAAUUUGUUUUGUAAUCAAGCAAUAAAUAAUAACAAAAUGUUGUCACUUAUUCCAGGCAAUUCCAGGCUUGGCGCUUAUUUACUUCUCCUACCUGAGCGUGGGAACUUACUCGACUCAGGUGGGCGCUUAUUCGAGGUUGGCGGCUUGAUCGAAUACUGAUAUAAAUAUCGAAGAUCCAUUAGUUUUCUGCUCAUCUUCUUUAAAACUGGUAUGACGUGACAGGGAUAUCAGUUAUUUCAUGCUGCUGCCAAUGCUUAAAAGUACUUUUUCAUCAACGAAUACCUUCUUUUAUUCUAUUCUACAGGGGACUACUACCAGACAAUAACGACUCUUCCUAAAGGAGCUCGAAAUAUUGAAAUCCAAGAAGUUACUGCUUCUGUUAACAACUUAAGUAAGUAAUCUUGGCGUCAUGAGCUCUAUGAAACUUUAUUGCAUGCAAGAGGCACCCGGGCGCUUAUUUAAAAUGUCGAACGAAGGAGAAAUAUUUAGUCCAAAGAAGGGGAGUGUUUGAAGAGAAUCCAAAGAGAAGCCCUUAAAAAUUAAAAGGUUUCUUUCCUACUAAAGAAAGCUUUUGGCGGGCGGCCAUUAAUCUUUUUUUUCUGCAGACAUAAGCAGACAGAAAUCAUGACCUGGAACUGAGAAGAAUGAUUCCAGUGUAGUGAAAAUAGCGGUAAAACAGAAAUCGAGGAGACCUUCCUUGUAUCAUAUUCAAUGGGGACGAUGAUAUACUAGUACAGAGCAGGGAUGGGAUUUUCGUAAUCAAAGAAAACACAGUAAUCAAAACGCUAAAGUCAAAUUUCAGCGCCCGAGGGGAAGGCAAUUCCUUAACUACCUUUCUUGAAAUGCAUUAUAAUUGUUAAACCUCUCACUUUUCUCCUGGGCAUUUUCCGGUAGUGUGGGGUAACAAGAAGAAAUUAUACUAUUUAUGCAGUGUUCUCAUUUUUUUUUUCCAAGUGUUGGAAGAUGCUGACAUGAACAAUAUCCUGAAUUACGAUUCGUACCUUUCCGAUUACGGUCCAAAGAACUUUAGAGGGGCUGGAACCACUUUUAAAUUCAGUAAGAAAAACGAAAGGGAGACCAUCACAGCCCGAGGUCCCUUAACAGAGAGCUUAACAUUACUGGUAAGUAAUCAAUACACCAUAAAUAUCUUAGAGGCUUGUAACUCGACGAACCUUGUUGUGGCACUGCUCAAUCCAGGAAAAGGGUCAUUUGAAGGCUUUUUGUUUAAUUAUGUUACGAAUCAUGUUUCAUCUGAGACGAGCUGUAUGUUUGCCAGUGUAUGCAGGUGUAGCAUACGGGUCGUGACGUUUAUGAAAGUCGUUAGAUUGGUGAAACUCGACUCUUAUUAAAGGCCCAUUCGAUUGACCGUAUUCCAGAAUACGAAUAAACAGAGAAUCUAGAAAUCAUGGUAUUCACUGCAUUGAAAAUCUAGAAACCUGUCUUGUUAAAAUAGCGUUCAAGUGAUCAAGAAAUAACGACAGAAAAAGUCUGUACAAAAAUUUUGUGUAUUCUUAUUCCAAAAUACAAAAAUGGAACGCAUCUUUCUUCAUUACGUGUAAAUGGAAUGAUGAAGUGAACUGGAACCACUAGUGUAGAGAGAUGAUGAGCGAUUUGUUUGUUGAGUGGUUGGUUGGUUGGUUGGUUGGUUUGGUUGGUUUUUCCUUGAGUAGUAGAUGGGACAUUAUCCUCUCUUAAUGAAUCCCAAUAACCCUUACGUAUUACUUACCCUACUCAAUUCUCGGCUUUCGCUACAGUUUGAGGCUAAUGAUGACCAGAAAAAAUACAAAGUGACUGGCCGGUAUGUGAUAGGAGGUGCCCAGUCUAGAAGGGACCUCUUUUCAAACAGUGAUGACUUUCCAGAACUUAUUCAAGAACUUGAGGAAGUCAAUAAAGAACUUAGUGACGCCAAAAAAGCAAAUCAGGCUCGGGAGAAAACAAAGAUUAAAUGGAUUAUGACAUCAGAAGGAUGUUCUGUUACCUGUGGUGAAGGUAUGAAUAACGUGACGUCACAUUUCUCUCUAUUUCAGGUCCUCAAAGACCUCUAAGACAUUCCAAAAAUAUCCUUUUAAUAAUAGUCUUGCAACUGUGUAGAAUGAAUGAAUAUUCUCAAAUAGUGUCAUUCGACGCAAUGUCUUCGUUCUCACAGCGACCUACUCGCAAAAAAAAUAAAUCUCCAGAUUAUACGGUGGGUUGCUGCAAGUUGUAUAAACCAAAAAAACCUAAAGGCUUUUGUUCUUGGGCCAUCGUAGUUUAAUCAGAAAUAAAACACAAACAGAGGUGUUAAAUACUGUGAGCGUUCACUUUUGAAAAUGUAUGUUGACUAGCAUGCGAAAAGUCAAGUUUAUAUGAAAAUGAGAACGCUCACAAUGUUUAUCACCGUUGUUUGAGUUUCAUCUCAGAAAAACCUGACUAACAUACGAAAGACCAUGCAAGCAAUUAUUACUUCUCGAGCAAUUACUCCCAUUGUGAAUUGGUGAAUAAAUAUCAGGACAUCGGAGGCUGGGGGAUAUUGAGCGCUAAUAGCAAAGUCACUUAAAGAAAGAAAAAUAUAUAAACCCGUUUUGCAGUGAAAACUUCAAAGAAAGUUACCAAUUCGAUUUAUGUUAGCCUUUUCCAUAAAAAUUCGUCAAAUUUACCUUACUCAACACGAAACAGGUUUAUAAACUGAAAUAGAAGCAAUUUCCACGUUUUGUGUUAAGGUUCCUUUUCUUACAGGGGUGGAAACGAUGAUUGCAGUCUGUGUCCGUGACGACGACGAGUCAGCGGUUGGAGAUCAGUUUUGUGAGGAAAAGAGGCCUAAGGACAAGUAUAAAAAGUGCAAUCUCCAGAGAUGCCCUGCGAGGUGAGGCCGGUAAUGUAAUGAGUGUAUAUUAGAACUGAAUUUACUCUGGAGUAUAUGACAUCAGCAAGACUUCAUUCUUCAGUAGUAUAUAAUCGCCAUUUGCAGAGCUGUUCUAUUUGAAAAAUAUUCUUGAGAUAAACUGAAGCGUUGCGAUAGCAGUCGCAUGCAAUCAUCGACAAACCGGUGUAGACAUGGGGAACUAUGGCGCUAUACAAGACCAAAUGUGUUCAAAAACAAUAUUAUUGUGUUCCUCAAACAGUUUAGCUAGAUUUCUGGCCUUGUUUUAUGUAAGAUAGUGGCCCUAGUUUUUGAGAAAGGGAUAACUGAAUAAAAAGAGACGAGUAAGCGGUCACAAAAUCAACACUCUGCUGGUUCGGCAAGUAUGAAGCAGCGGUGAGACUCGCUUCCCAGACUUGUGGCCAGGAAUCGAAACGCAGAAGUGACCUCACACGUGGGUUGAGUUUUUUAAUUGUUUUAGUCUUUGCUCCGAGGAGUUUUUCUCAGGGAACUCCGGUUUUCCGAUCUCCUAAAAGACAAAGACAAAAUUUCCCAAAGAACGGUAGAAGAAGAGCCACUAUGUGAAUAUGCAAACACUGAAUAUUAAUUUGUUUAUUUAUUCUUUUGAUUUAAUUUUAGAAAUGAUCAAUAGCGCUUUACAGUAAUACACUCAGUUAAAAAUCUAUUCUAAAUGAUAUAAAUAAACAAAGUAAAAUGUGAAAUGUAAAAUGCAAUUGAAUGAGAAAUUAAUUAAUUAAGUUAAUUAAUCAAAAAUAACAAUAGUCUAACCUGUCCGAAAAAGGUGGGUCUUAAAGUUUGCAUUUAAAGAUAGUUAAUGAUUGAAUAUCGCGCAAAACUCAGCGAUAAAAGGAUCUGGCACCAAGCGUAGAAAGCACUUUCUCUUAAGGCGGCUCCAGUAAAAGACUACUGUUUGAUCUAAAGUAGUAUCUCUACUAACUGGCUAAGACGCUACAGUUUAUUAAGUAUUGUGGCCCCCUGUCUAGGUUGCGCGCGCAAAGCAUGAUUGUCGUUAGCAAUGUAUUACAAAUAAAUUAUAGAAUAUGGUUUAUGUGAUAUCCUAAAUAAUCAAGUGUUCAGUGGAUUAUUCCCGAUAUCACAAAAACCUCAUCCAAUAAUUGUUUAAUAUCAUGAAAAAAGUUUUGAGACGCUUUCCGAUCCUUUUUAUCUUUUCCUGUAGGUGGGAGUUUGGUCCAUGGACCGAUUGUUCUAAAACCUGCAAUGACGGCACGCGUGGAGUUAGGUCACGCGAGGUUUUCUGUGCCACAGAUUCACAAAGUGUGGAGAUAGAAGUGAAAGAAAGUGAUUGCAGGGGACCAAAACCAGCAGCUUACGAGGAAUGUGGAACUCAGACCUGUCCAGCAGAGUGGUACACAGUGCGAGCAGGCGCUGUAAGUCAAAUAACUUAGCAUAACUCUAUUUUUUCAAUUUAACCCGAAAGUAAACAGAUGAUUAGUGUUUUAAAGCAUAUUAAUAAGUUUAUUUAAUUUAUUACAACUUAUUGAAUAAGAGUUAUCUAUCCGGCCUCCAGCCAAUUUAUCUUCAGUACGCAUACAUGUGGUAUGAGCUAAACGAGAAGCAGAUUACAACUUCUGUCUAAUCACAAUUGAAAAGAUCCAAAUUUAGCCUAUCAAACAGGAAAGUCAAAGAAGCCUUUCAAAGUGCUAAUUCCAGUCACAAAUUGAUUGAAAGAUUUUCUUUUCUCUCAAUAGUUAUAUUUUUACUCUGUUUACAGUGUUCAACGUCUUGCGGUGCUGGUGUCCAGGCCAUGGAUGUGAAAUGUGUGAGAGUCAAUUCAUCAGGCCAGGCUGCGACUGUAGAAGAGAAUGAAUGUACUGAUAUCAAGCCUCCUACUCACGUGACCUGUAACGCAGACAAUCCUUGCAAUGACGACCUGGACGCUACAAAAUAAGGUACUGCAUAAGGCGCUGAGCUUUGAGCCGAAUCUUUGAAAAACCAGAGAGAGAGAGGUUUUCUGCAUGACAAUUAUGCCCGAACCAGAUUUUCCUUUCGUAUUUUCUUUUUGUAAAUUGUAAAUUGUAAUUUGUUUACCCACGGAUCACUAAGGAGUUCAUAAGAACUCGUUGAAACGUGUCCGUGUGUUCCAGAUCGAACUGCAAUUUGAAAGUGUUGGUUUUUAAGGAGAGGGGAAAACCGGAGUAUCCGGAGAAAAACCUCUCGGAGCAAGGGACAGAACCAGCAACAAACUCAACCCACACAUGGUGGGCGUCGACGCCAGGAUUCGAACCCGGGCCACACUGGUGGGAGGCGAGUGCUCUCACCACUGCACCACCAUUGUUUUGGUGUCGAGUCUGAUGGGUACAAAAAUAUUAGGGUAUCGGUAGCAAGAGAGAAUGAGCUUAGUUAAUACUUCAACAAAGUGAAAGCUAGACGUUUUCUUUGCCGAAGAAAACGGCUGCAAAGAAAUGCUUUGAGACACUCGGGUUCGGCAGGGAUCGAAAAUGCAUGGGAACAUGGUUAUACUCAAAAGAAAGCAUUUUGAAGUAAGCCAAUCUCUGUUCUUCUGCCGGUGUAGCGUAUUUUAGUUGGAAUACUGAUUUUUUUUUUUGUCUGCUUCAAAUUUCAGAUCACGUUUCCGCCCAGAUCCUUUCCAAGGGGUAUUCAGUAGUUAAAAAUACUUCAU